AUGUUAAUGUACUUGCAGGAGAUUGUUACUCCCGAUGUGUUAUAUGAAGAAGUCAUUGAGGUGGAUGAGAGAAUUGUACUGAGUCAGGAGAAAUGUCAGAUAAACAAAGAUUUUGUAACAGUUACUGGGGCUACAGAAGAGAAGUUGGAGAUAUGGCACCCUUUGGAUACCCUUAAGUUGAAAGCAGACCUCCAAGGCAUACUUGAUAAAGGGAUUCGAAGCCUUGCUGUAGUCCUUAUGCAUUCCUAUACGUAUGAUGCACACGAAAGAGCAAUCAGAGAUUUGGCUGAGAAAAUGGGCUUUACUCAAGUGUCUCUGUCAUCUGAAGUUAUGCCAAUGGUUAGAAUCGUACCCAGAGGAUUUACAGCAUGUGCUGAUGCAUACCUGACACCCUGUAUAAAGCGCUAUGUGAAAGGUUUUUCAAGUGGUUUCAAAGAUAUAGAGAAAAUGCGAGUGAUGUUCAUGCAGUCCGAUGGAGGUCUUACACCAGUAAAUAGAUUCACGGGAUCGAAGGCAAUACUAUCAGGUCCUGCAGGAGGGGUGGUAGGCUAUGCUAUGACAACAUACCAGAAGGAGACACAGUUACCAGUUAUAGGGUUUGAUAUGGGAGGUACAUCUACUGAUGUAAGCCGCUAUGCUGGACAAUAUGAGCAUGUCUUUGAGACCACAACUGCUGGAGUAACUAUACAAGCCCCUCAGUUAGACAUCAAUACAGUGGCUGCAGGUGGAGGUUCUCAACUGUUCUUUAGAGCUGGACUGUUUGUUGUAGGACCAGAGUCUGCAGGGGCACAUCCAGGACCAGUGUGUUACAUGAAAGGUGGCCCUUUGGCAGUAACUGACGCCAAUCUUGUACUUGGGCGUAUUUUACCUCAGUAUUUUCCCAAGAUAUUUGGGCCUGAUGAGAAACAGCCACUGGACAAGGCAUCUACUGUGAGAGCCUUUGAGAAAAUGAAAACAGAGGUGAAUGAGUUUGCAUUGAGUCAACCAGAUGGCGCCACCCACGGUCAUAUGUCCAUUGAGGAGAUCGCUAUGGGUUUCAUUCGUGUUGCUAACGAGGCCAUGUGUCGACCAAUCAGAGCACUUACCCAAGCUAAAGGUCACGAUACGUCACGUCAUGUUCUUGCAUGUUUUGGCGGAGCAGGUGGUCAACAUGCUUGUGCUAUUGCAAGGUCAUUAGGCAUGAGCAUGGUCUUUGUACAUAAAUAUGCAGGUAUACUCUCAGCCUAUGGAAUGGCCUUAGCUGAUGUUGUUCAGGAGGCCCAAGAGCCAUGUGCUUCCCACUAUGAACCAAAGGCAUUCCCUCACAUAGAUGACAGGCUGGAUGUUCUUACUAAACAGUGUACAGAGCAAUUACAAACUCAAGGAUUUAAACUAGAGGAGAUUGAAUGUGAAGCCUUCCUACAUAUGAGAUACGAAGGCACGGAUUGUGCUCUUAUGGUAUCAACUGACCCCACACAACACAAAACAACAUAUUCUUGUCACCAUGGGAACUUCCAGCAGGCUUUCCUGGAGAGAUACAAGACAGAGUUUGGGUUUACUAUUGAUGGGCGUAAAAUCUGUGUGGAUGACAUCAGGGUACGGGGCAUUGGAAAGACACAUGUAGGGGUGACUAAUCCACUUCCAAAUGCUACCCACCCGCCUAAAGCUGAAACGACAGUGCAAUGUUACUUUGAGGGAGGGUAUCAAGCUACAGAUAUCUAUAUUCUAGGAGACCUCCAGAAGGGGCAUCUUAUACAGGGUCCAGCUAUCAUCAUUGACCAGAACAGUACAAUCCUCAUUGAACCAAACUGUGAAGCCACAAUCACUGAAAGGGGAGAUAUCAAAAUAAAGAUUGGUAGUGAAAUUCACCAUAGCAUUGGCACUGAGCUAGAUGCGAUUCAACUCUCUAUAUUCUCACAUAGGUUUAUGAGUACUGCUGAACAAAUGGGUAGAAUACUCCAAAGGACUUCAAUAUCGACCAACAUCAAGGAACGUCUAGACUUCUCCUGCGCUUUGUUUGGACACGAUGGAGGACUUGUUGCGAAUGCUCCACAUAUUCCAGUUCAUCUAGGAGCCAUGCAAGAGACAGUCCAGUAUCAAAUGAGACAACUUGGAAAUAGUCUCAAAGAGGGGGAUGUCAUCCUUAGUAAUCAUCCAAUGGCUGGGGGGAGCCAUCUUCCUGACCUCACAGUCAUUACUCCAGUAUUUUAUAAAGGAACAAAAAGCCCGGUGUUUUUUGUUGCCAGUAGGGGGCACCAUGCUGAUAUAGGUGGCACCACUCCAGGCUCGAUGCCCCCACAUUCCACAUCCAUCCACCAAGAGGGCGCUGUUUUCAAGUCUUUCUAUCUUGUCAAAGACGGGGUCUUCCAAGAGGAAGCUGUGACCGCAGCGUUGAAUGAACCAGGUAAUAUAGAUGGCAGUAGUGCAACACGUAACCUCCAUGAUAACCUAAGUGACCUUCGUGCUCAAGUUGCAGCCAAUCAAAAGGGAAUUAACCUCGUGCGUGAGCUGAUUGAUGAAUAUGGACUUGAUGUGGUCCAAGCAUAUAUGACUCAUAUUCAGAACAAUGCUGAAGUUGCAGUAAAGGAAAUGCUCCAAGAGAUAGCCAGGAAGACGAAAGAAAGGACAGGAACAACGACUCUAUCGGCCACUGAUCAUAUGGACGAUGGUUCACAGAUUACGCUCAACAUAAAUAUUGAUGCCACCGAGGGAACAGCUGUGGUUGAUUUUACUGGUACUGGGUAUGAGGUACAUGGCAACUGUAAUGCUCCACGUGCAGUGACACUCUCAGCCCUCAUCUACUGCCUCAGGUGCAUGGUGGGACAUGAUGUCCCUUUAAACCAGGGUUGCCUGAAGCCUGUACAUGUCAUCAUACCCAAGGGAUGUAUGCUGGACCCUUCAGAACAUGCGGCUGUAGUGGGAGGAAAUGUACUGACCUCACAGAGAAUCGUAGAUGUCAUCUUAAAGGCAUUUGGCGUGUGUGCAGCAUCACAGGGCUGUAUGAACAAUAUAACAUUUGGAGACCAGGAUGUAGGUUACUAUGAGACAGUUGCCGGGGGAGCUGGGGCAGGACCAACCUGGGAUGGAAGAAGUGGUGUCCACACACAUAUGACGAACACGAGAAUCACAGACCCAGAGAUUGUUGAAAGAAGGUACCCUGUGAUUGUGCAGAGAUUCAGCCUACAGCCAGGCACUGGGGGAGAGGGGACGUACAGAGGGGGAGAUGGAGUCAUUAGAGAAUUACUCUUCCGCAAACAGCUCACUCUCUCCAUCUUAACUGAGAGGAGAGUCUUCGCACCAUAUGGGAUGAAUGGUGGGAAACCAGGAAAGAAUGGGCAAAACCUGAUGUUGUAUGCAGAUGGGAGAAUAGUUAGUCUAGGUGCAAAGACAUCCGUUGAUGUCACAGCUGGGGAUUGUUUCCGGCUAUUGACCCCAGGGGGAGGGGGAUAUGGACCUCCGGGGAAUGAGGGAGCUUCUCCACCAGAAAAGCGUCGAAGAACUGACCCACAUGCCACCCAUAUGUACCAAGAGAGAGGGAGUGUCCAUGCCUUCAAACUAGCCCAGGAGCAGUCCUAAUUCUAUCAUAUGACAUAUAUGUCAUCUAUAGCUCAACUCACAUAUGGAUAUGUCAUCUAUAGCUCAACUCACAUAUG